CUCUCUCUCUCUCUCUCUCUCUCUCUCUCUCUCUCUCUUUCUUUAUUUCUUUCAUCGUUGCUGCAAUCGUGGGACCAAAGGAACGUACAAAUUCCAAGAAUUUGACAAGGCUGAGAAGAAGAGAUCGGCCAGUCGAUCGGAUAAUAUCCAUUGAAAAUUAACGUUCGCAAGAGAAAAAAAUGGAGAAGACGUUUCGCGAGAAGAUAUAUUUUUUAUCCCUCUUUCUCUCUAAUUUACCCUCUCUAUUUUUCUCUCCUUCCUUACUUCAAGUCUUGAUUUACGUUUAACUCGAAAGGUGAUCGAGAAAAAAAGAAGAGAUAUCGUCGACUGCGUUCAGAUAAUGGAGAUCAUCGAAGAAUUCAUCAGAGGAGAUCUUUCUUAAGAUACCAGGUAGAACCAUGCGGUUCGUCGCCCUGGUACCAGAGUUCUCAUGAAUGAAGGAGGGUUCAACAGGAUCGAUGGAGAGGGCGUGUCUUCCUGAAGUGAGGAGAAGAGAGAAGACCGAAGAAGAGAGAAGGGGAGGGGGUUGGUAUCCGUGACGUUUUCGACCCCACCUGGGAAGGGUACAUGACGGAGUACACGUGCUCGAUUACGUCACGAGAAUCUCGGAGCAGGACGCGAAAGGGCAAAUCCAUUCAAUUCGUUUGUCUUGUAAGGAUUGGUUACGACGUCUUCGACACCUUCUUGACUUUAAGUGAAAAGAGUAAGAUGAUUUCUAGCCGUAUAUUUCGAUUCGUUCAUACAAACAGUUUGCUAUGGCAAACCUCGAAUAAGUCGCUUCUAGCAAAACUAAGGAAAAAAACUGGAUAUACAUUUGCAAAUUGUAAGAAGGCAUUAGAAGUAAAUUCCAAUGAUAUUGCAAAGGCAGAAGUAUGGCUGAAAGAGCAAGCUCAGCAGCAUGGAUGGACGCAAGCUACAAAACUGCAAGGUAGAAGCACUACCCAAGGUCUGAUCGCAGUGAUCGUAGAAAAAAAUCAUGGUGCACUGGUAGAAAUAAACUGCGAAACAGAUUUUGUUGCGAGAAACAAAAAGUUUCAUGGACUGGCAGAAAUCGUACUGGCAACAACAUUGUCCCAUGCAAAGACAUUGAACAGUAACGACGAAGUGGAGAGACUUUCGUUGGACAUGGAAACUUUAAAAGCAUUACCCGCAAACGAUGGAAAAACUUUAGCAGAUCAUUCUGCCUUAACCAUAGGUAUGAUCGGUGAAAAUAUAACUUUAAGGCGUGCUCUAUGUAUGCGAGUACAGGGCGACGCAGCGAUAUUCGGAGGUACGCAUCCAGCUCCUAUGAAUCCUAUACCUAUAUCUUUUGGAAGAUACGGAGCACUAAUAGCCGUCAAAGGUAAAGAGGAUAAAAUGAUACUUGGAACUCAACUUUGUCAACACAUCAUUGGUAUGAAUCCAUUCAAAGUAGGAAAUAAUAUGGUGGAUCAACCAAACAUAGACGUGGAUAAUGAGAUCUGUUUAAUAUAUCAAGAAUUUCUAUUAGAUCCUAGUCUUUCGGUGCAACAAGUUCUAAGGGAUGCACAAGUAGAAGUCUUAGAUUUUGCAAGAUUCGAAAUAGGCGAAAAAGUGAAUGGAGACAAGUUGCUAGAUUCUGUCGAAGUUUGUGGUUAAUAUUAAAACCAAACGAUAAAAAAUAAAUUUUUCAAUAUAAAUCGUUCUUAAUUUACAA